AUGAGCGUCUCUGGCGGAUCUUUGCAGAUGGUGGACUCCUUUUGGCUCCAACUCUGGUCGGAGGAGUUCCCAGCCGAGUGUGAAGCGGCCCGGAUGAAAAUCAGCGCCUCCAAAUCUGAAGAGGUGGUCCUCGGUCAGAAAAGGACGGAUUCCCCAAUUCAGGUCGGGGAAGAGUUCCUGCCCCAAGUGGAGGAGUUCAACCAUCGAGGGGUCUCGUUCACUAGCGGGGGCGUGCGCACCGAGCGACAAUCUAAAAGGCUUGUCGACGUUCCCGGGAAGAUCGAGAAGCUGACCCGAAAGGAUCAUCGAAUCUUAGCGGGAGACUCGCGACAUCCUCAAGAGAUCGGGAAGUGCGCUCGGGCGGCCCCGUAACCCCCACCCGGCACGAUGAGCGUUUCCCAAACGGAACGCCCGAAGCUAAAAUCCGCCGUGAGGAAAAUCCGAUGCGCCGCCAUGGUGGCCAGUCUGGCCAAGAGCUGGCAAGGUUGGGCCAACGAGCACACCGACAAGCAGGACGCCGCCCCCGCCGGGUGGAUGCCCUGCUCUGUGGGCCAGAUCGACAAAAAAGAGCGCCACCAUGUGGUCAAAGUUGCUACUAAAUCCCAGGAAAAGGACUCCCCUGACGCCAAUCCCAUCCGGAGCGUUUCCAUCUCUAAAACCGUUCAACCCAAACUUAGCGAGUGCGGCGGGGAACUGGUCAACAUCAUCCGUGGAAAAAUGGAGUCGGGUCCCGAGGAAAGCAAGACCUUCCUGGGAAAGGAGUCGCCCACCCGGAGGCGCCACAUGAGGGCGUUGAACGGAAGCGGCGGAGGCGGCGUCGUCCGUGACAAGAAGUUGAUGCUGCGGGAGAGGAAGCUGAGCUCCAGGAGCAGCAGCCUGGACACGGAGGACAGCGGCUUGGGGGACGAGGUGGCACCCGGAGACGGCGUGGACGCCAAGACGGAACCGACGGGCGUCGAGUGCAAAAAAGUCAGCAACAAGCCCAAGAUUAAGAUCGCCACCAUGGGCGACAUCAAGAGUCACUGGCAGCAGUGGUCGGACCAGCACACCGAGGGCCAGAAACUCAACCCCUUCAGCGAGGACUUUGACUACGACUACGCCAUGAGCCUCCGCCUGCGCAAGGGCGACAGCGGCUACGGUCGCCCCAAAGAGGGCUCCAAGACGGCUGAGCGGGGCGACCGUGCGCACAAGCACAUCCGCAGGGAGAUGGAGGAGAUGGUUUGGAUCAUCCGGGACAUGGGCUUCCAGGACCGCGAGGGCCGGACCGCGGUCACCUUCGGCCGCCUCUUCGACCGCUACGUGAAGAUCUCGGACAAAGUGGUCGGCAUCCUGCUGCGCUGCCGCAAGCACAAAAUGCUCGACUUCGAAGGCGAGAUGCUGUGGAAAGGACAAGACGACCACGUGGUCAUCACUGUGAUAGAAUGACGGGAACGCCUGGCGGCGGACUGGCAGCGACGCGGACACCACCGCGCUCGGCGGUGUCCACGAGGACUCGGCAGCACCAUUGGAGCGGUUUUUGUUGAAAGGUUUAGUCAGUAGUUAUCAAUCGGCGGUCCUCCAAAUUCCCAGUCGGGACGUUAACCCAAGUGGUAGAGGAAGCUUUUUGUACAGU